AUGACGGAGCUCAAAAUGGAGACACCAAAAUCUAUGCCUUCAAACAUUGAAGAAUGGACAAGGGAUCAUGUAAAACUUUGGGUCACCAAACAACUUAAACUCAGCUUAUCUGUUGGAGAUAUUCUGUACAAUCAAGAAGUAACAGGAGAGGUCCUAAAAGUAUUAACUAAAAAAGACUUGGUGGAGAUGGGAAUCAAUCAUGGUCCGGCUGUAUGGAUAGCUCAUCACUUGAAAAAACUCAAUGAAACUUGCAAGGACCAGGGCCAGCAGAGCAAUCUAGGAGUUAAUAAAAAAGGUACAGAGACUAAGCAAAACAAAUCAAAAUCUAAACAGAGUACAUCUGCCACACCCCAGGAAAAAAACAAUAGCACAGAAGAAUCAGAGGACACAUACAAAGAAUCAGGAAAUCUAAAUACCACACCGGCUGAAUGUUCUUAUAGUACUCCAAAAACAUCGCCAUGCCCUUUUGAUUGCAGUGAUGCAAGGAAAUGUUAUACACAGCACCAUUAUCUUCCACCUGAAUCUGGGACAUCCAAUUACAUUGACCCAGUACAUGAGUACAAAGAGUUCACCAAUACAGAAACCGCUACUCAAGAGGACAAAAAAAUGAAGUUCUGCAAUGAAGUCUUUAGGUUUGCCGCUGCAUGCAUGAACUCCCGCACCAAUGGCACCAUCCAUUUUGGAGUACGGGACAAGCCACAUGGAGAAAUUAUUGGUGUUCACAUUGAGAACGUGGAUACAUAUGUCAAUUACAUAGAUCAAAUGAUCAGCAAAUGCUUUGAGGAAAAGCAACUGAACUUGGCAAAACAAUGCAUUCGUCCGCCCCGUUUUGUCUGCGUACUGUGUCAGGACAAUACAAAGUCUGAUUUGUUUGUUAUAGAAGUAGAUGUCGUUCCUGCACAUGCUUUUUGCCACUCACAAAUAUUCUAUACGUAUGAACAAGUUUUCAAGGACAAUUCUUGGAAAAAGAGUAAAGAUAAAUGUUGUUUUGUAAGAGAUGGAGCAAGUUCCAAAAAUAUCCUGGCAAAUGUACAACACAAUACGGCUGAAUGGAAGUCAUUUCACACUGAAAUUAAAGACAGGGAUGAUGCCCGAAAAACAGCUGAAGACAACCAGAAAAGAAAGCUAAAGAGAAGCCAAGAGCAUGGUUCUAAGCUGGUGAGGUUAUUAACAGGAAACAGAGACACUCUGGACAACUCGUACUAUAAAUGGUAUAUUCUGGCUGUAAACAAAUGCCAAGAAACCCAUACAAAGAACUUAGACUUCAUGCAUGAAGUGCCUUGGUUUGCAGUUUUAGAUUUCGAUCCAGAGUCGAUUACCAGCGGUUUAUGUAAAGCUUUCCAAGAGAAAAGGAAACCCAGUUUGCAUGUUCCAAGCCAAUACCAAAAUAUGGACAACGUCACAAAUGAAAAGCUGGACGAACUUAAACUGUAUCAGAGGACCGCUUGGAUCUUCUGCAAUGGGAGAUUGGAUCUUGAGAGUCAAGACUACAAACCCCUAAAUUACAAGCAAUGGCAAAAAGAGAAAGCAGCAGAUGUGAGACGAUUGAUAUCCUUUCUAUCCAGGAAAGAUGUAUUGGAAAGAGGAAAAUUCCUUGUUGUGCUUCUUUUGCUUUCAGCGGUUGAAGACCCAGCUGACCCCAUGAAUGAAGUCUUCAGUGCCUUUUACCAGGAGUUUAGUGGUAUGACAGACAUCCUGUGCAUUUGUGAAAGUGAAGAAACCUUUCAAAGCUGGAGAGGUUUACAAACUAGACUAGUAAAUGAGGAAGAAAUGGAAGAAAGAUGCAUCUAUAGCUUGGACUUUGAAAAGGUAAAUGGGACAGUUUUAAAACUCAAGUCUGAUACCCGAUCUUCAAGCAGAUUUUUGCCAUCACAUGGUGGAUCUUCAACCAUUCUGCACGGGAAAGAUGAAGAUCUGAUGACUUCUUUAAACAUUCUUUGUGCCAAUGAGUGUCAUGACACGGAGAUGGAGAGUAAUAAGCCCAAAUUGUCAGAUUUCAUAAAGACUCAGGAAGAACAUUUUUACAAAGGAGGUAAAGCCACAUGGUGGAACUUCUACUUUUCACUGAAAAAAUACACAGGACCAUUUAUUGAAAGGGAUAUCCAUAAGAAGCUGAAGGAACAGAUUGAAUCAUGGUCCAAAUGUGACAAACAAAUAAGUGUAAAAAUUAUUACUCUGUUUCACCACCCUGGUUGUGGAGGUACCACUACCGCAAUGCAUGUCCUCUGGGAACUACGGGACACAUUUCGAUGUGCAACAUUAAAUCGAAAAACAGAUAGCUUUACCGACAUUGCCGGGGAAGUUAUUAAUUUAGCUGUAUGUGGUUCACCCAGUCGCACAGAAUAUUACCCUGUCUUGCUUCUUGUGGAUGAUUAUGAAGAAGAAGAAAAUGUUUUUAUUUUACAGAACUGUAUACGGUCUGUAAUUUCAGAGCGGUACAUGAAAUUUGAAAAGCCUGUUGUGAUCAUUUUGAAUUGCAUGAGAUCUCAGAACCCAGAGCAAAGCUCAAAAUCUAAUUCGGCAGACAGUGUUCCUUUAACGUAUAAGCUUUCUGAGCAAGAGCAAAGAGCCUUUGAAAGGAAGUUAACAGAGAUUGAGGCCAAGUUUGAGAAGCCACAUGAUUUCUAUUCAUUUAUGAUCAUGAAAAGCAAUUUUAACAAGAAGUAUAUUGAAAAUGUGGUACGAAAUAUACUUAAAGGAUUAAACAAUACAAGCAAGCAGGCCCAGCUUGUUUCCAUCCUGGCCCUUUUAAGCAAAUAUGUGAAGGAUUCUACAAUUUCUGCAUCAAUGUGCGAGGAGUUCCUUGGGAUAACAGCAAAGAAAACAUAUUGGGGUUAUGAGAGCAUAGAAGACACCAUGGGAGCUUAUUUUACCAUAAUGCUCCGCAUGGAGGUGGAAGAAUAUGGACGAUACCAAGGUCUACGGAUAAGCCAUCCACUGAUUGCAAAACAAUGCAUAGAGGAAUUAAUGAACACAUACUUCAUUCAACAAAGUAGUAUCAUGCGUAGCUUGCUGGACACCAAUGUUUUCCAUAGCAAUGGAAUUGGCAGAGAGAUUCUGUGUCAACACAUGCAGAGCAUGCUGGUAACACGGCAUCGAAAGGAGCACGGCGAUGAAACAGACACUUUGUUCUCUCCAUUAAUUGAAGACAUACAAGAACAUGAAGGUAAUUUGUUUGUUGAAACUGUUUUGAAAGAAGGGACCUUGAGGUUCAACCAAAAUCCUUAUAUAUGUCAAGCAUUAGCAAGACACUUCUACAUUCGAGAGAGAAAUUUCCCAGAUGCAUUUCAUUGGGCAAAGGAGGCAAAACGAAUCGCACCAACAAAUUCAUUUAUUCUAGAUACUCUUGGUCAGAUAUAUAAGACCCAACUGAAAUCCAUGAUGGACACCUUUGGCAAAGAUAAUCCUGUAUCUGCUGAAGCACUAAAAAACUUUCUGGAAACAGCUGAAAAUGCAUCAAUUGCCUUCAGAGAGUGCCAGGAACAAACAGAAAAAACAGAGAGAGAAAGGUCAGAGCAUGAACUGACAAAGGCCAGACGCUUCCGGGUGUACAAUACAGCGGGGUACCUUGGCCAAACUGAAGUCUGCCUCUAUACAACAGAUAUACUUCUACAGAUACCAUGGUUCAAUUCAAAAGACAUUUUGUCUAGAAAGCAUCUCAUGCAAUACUUAUCUGGUAAAUGGGACAUUUCAGUCGAUACCGUGAGUGAAGAUUACGAAGAAUUUUAUCAUGUUCUUACCGAUUUCAGAUCUUUUUUGAUUAAGUUGAACUCCUAUCUAAAGGAUGCAUUUGAUUUCUUUCAAGACUAUUUUGUGUAUCUAAAACAACGGAACAUCCUGAAGGAAAGCACAGAGUUUAAAAUAAGAGAUAAAGUUUCAGAGUAUUAUUUAAAAUACAGACGGAAUUUCUGUAACCCCGAUCUAAAGCAGAUUACAGAUGAAAAGGACACACAACAGGGAGGUGCUUCAAGACGUAUUGAGGAUUACAGGUUAGGCCUUCAGUCGUACAAGGCAGACAGAUUCUCAGGAAUUCUGGAACAUCUUACGGAUUCUGUAAAGCAGAAUAAAAACAUGGAAACUAUCGUCAAAGCCUACAAGUAUUUGCUCCAGAACCGCACAGACAGAUUCAUUAUGAGAGAUAAGCAAAAUUUUAUCUUGGCAAAUAUUGUGCUUCAUUGUAUUUCUCCAAAAUCUACACUGAUUGCACCCUUUGAAACCCUGAAAAAGUAUCUCAGAGAGGUUUUGCAGCUUUCUGGCCUGGAUUACAAAUCUCCAGAACCUUACUUCUUAGCAUCACUGCUGUUCUGGCCUCAGAGCAUUCACCAGUUGGAUUCUGACUCUAAACAUAUAGCUGAAUAUAUCAUCUCUAUGAGAAAAACUUUCAGAGGUCAGUAUCGGCACAUGUGCCAUGCCAAACAACCCAUAGCUCAUUUCUAUCUAGGCAAACAUGCCGGCCUAGAAAGACUAGUUCACAAAGACAAAAUUGAUCAUCUUUUUUCCUUGCCAAUAUCGGAUCUAAACUCUCUGUGGCAGAGUGGAGACAUCUGGAAGGAAAAAGCAACCAAAGAUUUGUUACUCCUUGUAAAUGGAAGAGCUGAAGAAAAGAUGAUCUACGUGGAGUGUACCGGUGGGAUAAAGAUUCCAGUGAGACCAGUUUAUCUUGGACAGCUGAGAAGCGGCAAAAGCAUUGAGCGGGUGUCCUUUUACCUUGGAUUCUCUAUGGAUGGCCUAAUUGCUUAUAACAUAGAAAGCUUAUAAACAACUGGAAGGAAUGGAAUUCAAUAGUCUACUUCCAUCAAUAUCCACAG